AUGUUACAAAUUCAGAGAGGAUUGAUUAUUAUUAGCAGUGUGUGUAUAAUUUACCUCGUCAUUAUAUGGUUAUCUAGCAUAAAAUUAAUAGUUCAUCAUUCUCCAUUAUAUAAAAUUAAUGAGAAUGAAUAUUUCAAAAAUUGCAUUAAAUCUAAACAUUCAUGGAUUAGAUGUACUAAAUAUUUGAAUUUGAUAAGUAAUCAAAAAAUUAUCUCUCUCGAUUCAUAUUCUCAACGUUGGCCACCACCUUCUGUUACAUACUUAAUUGAUAAACGCUUACAUAGUUUCAAUCUUGCAUUACAUUUUUCACUUGCACAUAACGCAACAGAUUCUAAGGAUGAAGACCUUUACAAUAAAUUUGCAGAUAUGGUAUCUAACAGCUACAAACAAGAGGAAUUAUUAACUGGUAUGGAACCAGAAUACAUGGGAUCGAAUUCAACUGACUACUCUAUAUUUCCACAAAAUUUGAACUUUUCAAAGCUGAUCUAUGAUAUACAAAAUGCGAUUCCAAUUCACACGAAACCUAUCAAUAAUCCAGAAAUGUUCGCACUCCGGGUUCCUAAAUCUGUCUGCAGAUCAUACAACAAUGAGUUAAUUCCAAAUCUGAUAGUAAUAAUUAAAUCAUCAGUGUAUAACUUCGAAAACCGUGACCGUGCAAGGCGAACAUUUAUGCAGAAAAGAUUAUGGCCGAAUUUCAGUGUUCAAUUUGUAUUUGUCCUAGGAAUCCCCAUGGAAAACGAAUCAAAUUCCUUCAGAUUUGAUGGAAAUACAUAUGUCUUGGAUACGAAGUGGUGGAGAUUUUCUAAACAUUAUGGAAGUUCCAAGUGGCCGUUUGUAAAACAGUUGUCAUUGGAGGCUGAUUUAUAUGAUGAUUUGUUGAUUGGAUCAUUUCAUGAUACAUAUUACAACUUAACAAAGAAGAUGAUAUUUUGUUUAAGAUGGCUCUCAGCAUUUUGUCCAAAACAAGUCCCUUUAUAUUUGUUUAUAGAUGAUGACUAUGAUUUAGUACCAAAGAAUGUAAUAACAUUUUAUGAUAAUAAUACUGAAGACUAUUUAAGAAAUAUGAAUGGAGGUUACAUCCGUUCAUCUCGAACCGUUUUCAGACCAAUGGUUGAUGAAACAAGUAGUGUCUGGGCAAUGACUGUAAAGGAAUUUCCAUGGAUAUCUUAUCCGCCGUACUAUCAUGGAUUGACUUAUGUUAUUGGUGCAAGCUUGAUGCAUCGUCUUGCUAUCGCAAGUGCUUUUGUUAAAGAAAUACGCAUUGACGAUGCCUAUCUAGGGAUCUUAUUUAAUAAAUUAAAUAUAACACUUGUUCAUUUGAACAUUAUUGGCCCUUCUUUAACUAAAAAGGAUAUUAUGUCAGGUGGAAUAAAUGUACAUCAUAAAAUCAGUAAACGUAUAAUGAACUGGAGCAGCGGUAUGCCAAAAUAA